AUGCCCCGUUCAGACGAAGCACAAGCAUUCUUUCACGCCGUCUACUCCGCUGUUCAAGAGAUUCCCCACGGCAAAGUCACAACAUACGGCCACAUCGCCAUGCUCGUUGGAACCCCUCAAAGGCCUCGUCAAGUCGGCGUCUGUCUAAAACACCUGCCCGCCGAUCCAUCCCAGCCCUUCAACCACGACAACGUCCCAUGGCAAAGAGUCAUAAACUCCAAAGGCCAAAUAUCACCUAGAUCUCAACCUGGAGGAUCUCGCUCGCAAGCCGAUGCCCUCCAAGCAGAAGGCGUGCAAGUCGAGACAAAUGCAAUGGGCGAACACUCAGUAGACUUCUCCCAAUACGGCUGGUUCCCAGAACUGCUCCCCUCAGAAGAAGACGAUCAAGGCGAAUGA